CUCGGAGACCUCAGUUGCCAUCUUCGCUGGGUUUAUUCUUUUAUUUCAUAUAUAUAUAUAGUAUUAGUUUUUAGAUUUAAUUUUUAUAUAUAUUUUAAUAUUUACUUUGUUCUUCUUCUUGUUGGUUGUCAGAGGCAGAGGACAGUCUCUGUUCCUCUCGUAGUCGAUCUCAAACUCCAUAGCCAUCCCUUUGCUUCGACCAGAUGGCACAACAUUCUUCCUCUUCCCAAUCCGAUCUAUCUCUUUCUCGCAACUCUUCUCUCAGUCGUCUCAACGCUCAGGCUCCUGAGUUCGUCCCCACUCGUCCCUCCACUCGUUCCGAUCUACAACCACUGCCUCCUCCACCCAAGCAAUCUCCACGUAUUCUCAUCCCUUCUCCUCCUCCUCCUCCUCCUCCGGCUAUGAUGCAUGGUUAUCCUCCCCCUCCUCCUGGAUCUCCCUUCCAUGUUCCCAUUCAGACCACCCCUGUCCCUGUCCCCACUCAUGUCGUUUCCAUUCAGAAUCAUCCCUAUCACCCUCAUCAUCGUCACCACCAUCAUUCUCAUCACGUUCCUGUGCUCUAUCACCCUCAUAAUCCUCAGUAUUAUGCGGACAAUGGCGGUUUUCAUGACCCCGACACGCCGGUUGUGCAGCCAGCUCAGAAGCCUCUGGUUGAGUCCGACUACGCUGCUCCAUCUAGGAGUAAACUCACCGAUGAAGUCUCCCAAAAGCUUUUGAAUCAGGCACACAUUGAGUUAGCUGCUAGUCGUGGUUACUUGAAAAAGGCUUCAGAACUUGCUGGGAAUUUUGUUCUGGUGGAGUAUUAUUUCAGUGAUUUAAACUUGGCGACUACUGAUCAUUUGAUGAGGUUCGUCAAUAAAGAUCCCGAUGGAUAUGUUCCUAUAUCGGUUGUUGCAUCAUUCAAGAAGAUUAAGGCUCUCAUUAAUAGUCACUUUCAGCUAGCCAAUAUUUUGAGGAACUCUUCUAAGCUUUUGGUAAGUGAAGACGGAAAGAAAGUCAAACGUAAGCAACCAUUUUCUGAGUCAGAUAUGGAGGAGCUGCAAUCUCGUAUAGUAAUUGCGGAGAACUUACCUGAGGAUCAUUGCCACCAAAACCUCAUGAAGAUAUUUUCUGCUGUUGGGAGUGUUAAGAAUAUUCGAACUUGUCAACCUCAAAUCUCAGAUAGUGGAGCUUCUUCAACAUCUAAAUCUGCCAAAGCUGAUGGAAUGCAUUACAGUAACAAGUUGCAUGCAUUUGUAGAAUAUGAAUCAGUGGAGCUGGCGGAGAAGGCUGUUGCAGAACUAAAUGAUGAAGGGAAUUGGAGAAAUGCACUUAGGCUUCGUUUGAUGCUUUCUUGCUCGUCAAAAUCUGCUCCAGUUCGUGGGAAGAAGGGACAUAAUGGGGAGAUGAACUACAAAGAUGUGGAUACCUCUGAACAACCGGCUAUUGAGAAGCAUGUAGAUGAUCUUUCUGAUCAAGUCGAUGUUCAUCCACCUGAACAACGAGAGGAGCACGGAAAUGAGAAGGAUGGUGGUGGGCAGAGAAGAGUUCGAAAUAGGGUACGCGGUAAAGGGCGUGGUCGAUCACAAUAUCAUCAUAAUCACAAUAAUAACCAUAGCCAUGGGAACCAUUUGGGAACUCCACCUCCAAGUAGUUCAACCACCAUCGAGCAGGCAGGUACAAUGAAACAGCAACCUCCAGGGCCGCGAAUGCCAGAUGGGACAAGAGGCUUUUCGAUGGGGCGGGGGAAGCCGGUGACUGUGAAUAUGACAUGAAGGGAAUGGAAAAUACAUGGAGAGGAGUGUGUGUGUGUGUCUGUAUGGGUAGAAGAAAGAGUAUGGUGCGGAUGGAAGCUGUCUAAUUGAUAGGGCGAAAAGCAAAGCAAAACAAUGGUGUGUUGAUAGCAGGGUUUUUAGUAGGGCUGUCAAAAACCAUUGAAUUAUUGCUUUGGUUGAAGAUGUAAGAGUUUUAGUUUUUAAUGUAUUUCGAAAAAGAAAAAGGAAAAGGUGUCGUCCCCAUCCCCCGCUUUCUCAUCUCCACCUUCCUUUAGGGAUUCAUUAAUUAAUGUGAAGAAGCAACGAUUAUUAUUUUCAAGCAAUAUGUAAAAAACCAAUGGGGAUGUUGGCAACACUUCGCUAAUACGCAGUUGGUGACUCAAUUUGCCUUGUAUAAUGCACAUCUGCUCAUUGUCUUUCUAA